AUGGACACGUCAAAAAAGCUCACCAAGAAGCAGAAGAAAGCGCUUGCUUUUCGUGAACGCAAGGGCAAGGGAAAGUCCAAGGACCUCGAGCUAGAUAAUGAUGUUCCCGUCGAAGAGAACCAGGAUAUUGAUGAAGAUCAAGGUCAGAAUAGCGGUAUGGGCGGUGAAGUGGAAGUGCAGACAGCUCCGAAGCGGAGGGAUGGCGAGGAUGCACAGGUGGCGGGGAGCCGCCAACAUGCAAAGAAGCGGAAGCGGGGGCAUGAGGAGGCGGUUGGUGAUGCGGAGAAGCCAAGGUCAGGGAAAAAGAGGAAGGGGGAUGAUGAACCCACUCCGGAGGAGGCACCGGGAGAGAAGGCUCAUCCCAAAGCUGUAGGCAGGCGAUACAUUCUCUUCGUUGGAAAUCUGAAGUAUACUACUACUAAAGAAGCGGUGCAAAAACAUUUCUCAUUAUGCGAUCCCCCGCCAACAGUCCGUCUAAUGCAGCCCAAACCUUCUGCAGCUACUAAGCCAACGGCGAAGUCAAAAGGCUUCGCAUUUCUGGAGUUUAGCCAUCGCAAUGCAUUGCAGCAAGGCCUUAAAUUGCACCAAUCAGAGCUGGAAGGUCGUAUGAUCAAUGUCGAGCUUACGGCAGGUGGGGGCGGAAGGAGCGAGGGUAGACUUGAGAAGCUGAAGCAGCGAAACCGCGAGCUACACGAACAGAGGAGGAAACGCCUUGAAAAGCAGAAAGGUACACCAGAGAAGCCCGUCGGCGAAGUUAAGAUGGAGAGACCGCAGCGAUAUUCAGUGACGUCCGGUGUCGAGCAAGCGUCUGGCAAGAAGCGGACAUGGACGGUCGGCGAAUCGACUGACCAAGAGUCUCCUAAGCGGAAAGCGAGUAAGAAGAGAAAACAGCGGGAUCUGGGAACAGGUGUGAACGCAAUACCAGUUGGCUAA